AGAGUGCGACCAUUGAACAGUAAUGAGGUAUCAAGAACUGACAAUUUCUCACUGGAGUUUCCUGGAGAGGGUCAAGUUACUAUUGAAACUAAUGGAGCUACAAGAAAUUUUCAAUUUACUGGUGUAUUUGAACCAGAUGCUACACAAGAAGAAUUAUUUGAGAAUUGUGGUAUUACCAGACUAGUUGAUAUGGCUUUAAAUGGGUAUGCUUGUACAGCUUUGGCGUUUGGUCAAACAGGUUCUGGUAAAACACACACAAUGACUGGUCCUCCUCAUCAGUUUAUAGAUGGCAACCUGACUGAUCAGAGUAUGAUUGGUUUAAUACAGAGAUCAUUUAAAUAUUUAUAUCAGCAAGUUAAAAACAGCCCAGAAAAUACUGUCAUUAGAGCAUCGUAUUUAGAAAUCUAUAAUGAACAGGUAAUAGAUUUGUUGAAUCCAUCCCAUAAAAGAUACCUGUCAGUUCGCUGGUCUAAAAAUAAAGGAUUCUACGUGGAGAAUCUAUUCUCAAUAGAAUGUGCAGCCAUGGAUGACCUGAAAGCUGUUUUAGAGGAAGGUAUGAGAAACAGAACAAAUGGAUCUCAUGGAUUAAAUGAGAACUCUAGUAGAAGUCACAGUAUGUUAACAGUGACUAUAGACUCGGAAGCCCAGGACCAGGAUGAUGAGAAUCUCUAUAUUACUAAACGGGGAAAAUUAACUUUUGUUGAUCUUGCUGGUAAUGAAAAAGUAAGGGAUACCAAUUCUACUGGAGGAACUUUAUCAGAAGCUAACUGUAUUAAUAAAAGUCUUCUAAUAUUGGGUAAUUGUAUCUCACAUCUUGGUGAUUCUAAAAGACGUCAGGGUCACAUACCGUACCGAGAUAGUAAAUUAACUAAAUUAUUAGCAGACUCACUAGGUGGUAACGGUGUCACUCUAAUGAUUGCCUGUGUAACACCAAGUUCCCACAAUGCCGGUGAAACAUUGAAUACACUACGAUAUGCCAGUCGGGCUAAAAAAAUCAAAACAAAACCAGUCAUUAAAAUGGACCCUAGAGAAAAAUUAAUACUCAGUUUAAAGCGAGAAGUGAAGGUAUUAAGAAAUGAGAACCAUUAUCUACGUCAACAACUAGAAUUCCCUGCCAAACCUAAAGGUCAACUUCAGAAAGAAAAUGAUGAAAAAUUCAUGACAUUUAUGAAGGAACAGGAAAGAAAAGAUAUAUUGUAUAUUACAGAGAGUGGGUUAUAUGAAAUGUUACAAGAAUAUAUGGUGGAGAAUGAAGCUUUAAGAACAGAGAAUUCUGACCACCAUUCUACUAAAGAUAGAAUAAGAAGAGAACAACAAGGUCUUUAUAGAGAAAAUGAAAAAUUAAUGAAGAGAGUAGAGGAGCUAGAAAGGUAUAUACAAGUUUUUUUUUUUGCCUUGUUUGGAAUUUAA